GGCAACAUAAAAAAAAGGAAUUCAAACUAUUUUUAAAACUACCCGAAGCUCUUUUAUUGUUUAGGGAGUAGUUUUUACUGCAAUUUUACCCUCUCCCAUGGAAUUCCUCUAAACUCUUUACUCAGUUGCUAAGUUAUAGCGGCCAAAAACAAAUUACUCCGUAGAAAAAAAAAAAGGAAAAAACACGUGUCCGUAUUAUAACGGCCUAACUAACCGUCUUCUCCCCCUCUUCUCUCUCUGACUCAAGUCCUCGUCUCCGUCGUUUCCUCUCUUCCUCCGGCCACUGUCAGUUCGUUCGUAGCUCCGAUCACUGUGCGAUUUGGAUUGUUUCUGUAAUCGAAGAGUUAGUCUCAGUGGAAUGCCUUUCUGGUGAAAUUGAGUGUUUCUGAUUCUUAAUCACAAUGGCUACACAGUUCAAAUGGUUCUGCGUCAGUGCGUAUAUCUUCAUGUCGAUUCUGUCUUUCCAGGCUUGGUCAUUCACUAAUGACCUUGAAGUUCAAACUCUGGGAGAGAUGUACAAAGCCUUGAACAUCCCACCACAACUGAAAAACUGGAGUGUUGAGGGCGGGGACCCAUGCGAGGACUCAUGGAUAGGAGUAGGAUGCUCAGGGUCUACAGUGAUUCAAAUCAAACUUCAAAGUUUAAACCUCACUGGUACAUUAGGAUUCCAGCUUUCCAAUCUUCAAAACUUGAGACAUCUGGACCUUAGCUUUAAUAACAUUCAAGGCGAAAUCCCAUAUGACUUGCCUCAUAAUCUGACUCACUUGAAUUUAGCAUGCAACAACUUCAGGAAUAGCAUUCCAUUUCCAUAUUCUUUGACUAGUAUGAACCAUCUCACACAGCUGAACCUGAGCCACAACAUGUUAUCUGGACCUUUAGGUGAUUUCUUUGGUGGCUUGGUGAAUCUGAAGCAGAUGGAUUUAUCAUACAAUAACCUUACCGGUGAUCUGCCAAGUUCAUUUGAAGCAAUGAAAAGCCUAAAAAGCUUAUUUUUGCAGAGUAAUUCGUUCACUGGAUCAGUCAUUCAUUUGGCCGGGCUCUCACUUAAUGACCUGAAUAUUGAAGACAAUCACUUCAGUGGUGUAAUUCCAGAAAACUUUCAACAGAUAAAAAACUUAUGGUUUUGGGGCAAUAGUUUUCAAACUGGAGAAAACGAUUUACCUUGGAAUUUCCCUCUGGAGGGUGUUCCCAAUCAGAACAUCAGUAGUCCACCAACUAUGCAGUCCAGUGCCAUUGAGAAAAACAAUCCUUCACAUACUGAAGAAGGGCACAAAAGAAAAAGGGCACACACCUGGACAAUAGUAGCUGUGGUUAUUGGAGCUGCUCUUGUGGCGAUCUUUGCUACACUCUUCAUUGUUGUUUGGGCUCAUAGAUCUCGGAAGCCAAUGUACAUAGGUUCAGAAUGCACUGAAAAUUCUAUCCAUUCUCUUCCUACCAGUACAGCCAAAGACUUCUCUUCUACUGUUAAAGAAGACAGUCAAUAUUCAUCACAAAUGAGCUCCCCACUGCUGAUUUCUCCAUGGCAAUUACCGCCCAUUCCAACGAGAACCAUGAGGAUGUCCAAAAGGAGUUCUGCCAACAAGUUCAAAGGCCCAAUAUGCGCGAAAGUCUACACGAUAACCGAGCUUCAAUCUGCAACAAACAACUUCAGUCAGCAAAAUCUUCUCGGAGAGGGAUCACUUGGGUCCGUUUACAGAGCAGAGUUCCCUGAUGGACAGAUAUUUGCUGUGAAGACUAUCAACAUGGUAGCACUAUCUCUCCAAGAAGAAGAGAUAUUUUUGGAUGUGAUUAGGACAGCAUCGCGAUUGAGGCACUCCAACAUUGUAGCACUUUCCGGCUACUGUGUGGAGUACGGCCAGUACUUCCUUGUGUAUGAGUACAUAAGGAGUCAUUCUCUUCAGGAUGCCCUUCAUAGUACUGGAUUAAAAUCUCUGUCUUGGAAACUUAGACUCCGUAUUGCACUUGGUACUGCUCGUGCUUUGAAUUACUUGCAUUCUUCCUGUGUGCCUCCUAUUGCACAUAGCAACCUGAAGGCUGCCAAUGUCUUACUGGAUGAGGAUCGUACCCCUAGGGUUUCUGACUGUGGGCUUGCAAACUUGAGAACCCUGACAACCAACAGUGUUAAACUUAAGGCUUCUGAGAUGGCAAUAUCUGAGAGUGGCUAUGUCCCACCCGAACAUAUACAAGGGGGAAUUGGGAACACGAAGGCAGAUGUGUACACUUUUGGCGUCUUACUUCUUGAGCUUCUCACAGGAAGGAGGCCGUUGGACAGCUCAAGGCCAAGGGAUGAGCAACAUCUGGUGGAAUGGGCUUCGAGCAGGCUUCGUGACGAAAAUGACUCUCUAGCAGAGCUGGUUGAUCCAUCCAUUUCAAGGAAAGUAUCCUCCCUCGCUCUAUCGCGAAUUGCUCACACCAUCUCCCUCUGCCUUCAGGCUGAGAAGGAGAGGAGGCCGGAAAUGUGUGAGAUAGUGGAGUGGCUAAUGGCACUGGUGUCAAAGAAGUCUGUACCGGUGAGCGAAGAAGAAGCAGCAUCAACAGCUGAAGCUGACCCUUUUGAGCGAUCCUUCCGAACCACCAAAACCCACUUGCUUGGGUCACCCAGGCUUGCCUAAACUCUCACCACCUCUCAUCAGUAAGCAACCCUACCAAUCAUUUGAUUCUUUAGCUACAUUUUGUGCUGUAUGAAACAUGAACACACCCCCCCCCCCCAACUUGGAUAUUUUACCAUCUAAAAAUCUAAAUCUAGCUUUUGGGCAAGUCGUCCAUGUGCAUAUUACAAGCAGUUUCGAGUCUAGCAAUAGAUAAAACAAACAAACAAAUUAUUGCUUCCAUCUACUCCCACCCCCACAAAAAAAAAUUGAAAACUUAUUUUGGCACAUAAUAGUCAUAUUUGAAUGUUCAGAAAACGUGUCAAUCAAGAUAAAAAGAGUUAAACCUU